CUCUCUCUCUCUCUCUCUCUCACUACACUACUUGUCUUUACUUGUCCAGUACACACUACUCCAUGCUUUUCUCGAUGGGUUACGAAGAGGAGGCAGGGGAGAUGUAUUCCUUCGCCUCCUCAUCCCCUGCUUCAGUCGAUUGUACUCUUUCCCUUGGUACACCUUCCACUCGUGUCUACAAUCACAAUCACAACGACACGAAGCGGUCUACCUGCACCCGCAACACCAUGCCCUCUUCCGCGUUCGGCUGGAACAUCCUUCCCUCCAAGCACACGCACGCGCACGCGCCGCCCAAGCCCCACCGCCACGACCCUCUUCUCGCCCGCCGCUGUGCCAACUGCGACACCACUUCUACUCCCCUCUGGAGGAACGGUCCACGUGGACCUAAGUCACUGUGCAACGCGUGCGGUAUCCGUUUCAAGAAGGAAGAGAGGCGGGCGACGGCGGCAGCCGCCCAUGGAGAGACGACGUGGCCUCAAACGACGGCCCCUUGCUAUUCUUCCCCUUAUGCCGGGAAUCAAGAGUUCCGUUUCGUUACUUUCGUUGACUAGAAUAAUCAUGACUCCCAUAAUCCCAUUCUAUAUCUAUAUCCACCAUACAUCACUCUACAAAACAAGCUCUCUAUUCGUUUCUAGUUUUAGGGAAAAAAAAAAAAGAAAAAAGAA